AUGUAGAAAAAUUUAAUAUUUUGUGUGCUCAUUAUCAGCUUGGCUUGUCAGUUGACUACUUCUUAGAGUGAUGAAUGCUUUCCUCGUUUAGUCCGCUUGCUAAUUGGUGAUAAAUAUGCUGAUAACAGCUCACCUUACACUGCUACAUUGAUGUAUUAGACAUACUCUGAAUGUCAAAAAUCUGGUAUUGUUUUUAAAGGUUAAAGUUUUUAGACAGCUACAGUCUCUACUAUCCACUCUGAUUGGAAUGACACCUUCUGUCAUAAUAAAAAGAAGUGUGAAAAGGUUAUAUACAAUUAAUAUAUUCACACUGUUAAAGUAGCAGUUGAUCCAUAAACUAGUUUCACUUAUGCUUUCUGUGCUGAUAGUGCUAAUAAAGAAGGAUGCACUGAAUUUUACACAUCUAAAAUGCCAGUUCUUUCUAGUAAUACCAACAUAGAAUUUAGAACUAAUUUUUUGUCUCAACUCGGUGAUAUUAAAAAAAAAACUACUCCUUUGAAGAUUAUCUUUUUCGGUGAUAAUGAUUUAAGUGAUGCUGGAAAAAUUACUGUAAAUGCCAUUUAUAAGAUUUAAGAGAAAGAAAAUUUCGAUGCCUUUAUAUUUUGUGGUGACUAUGGGUAUGAAUUCUAUCAAAACAAUGGCACUGUAGGUGAUGAUUAUAUUAAUGCUCUUACUAAAAUUAACACAGCUGCACCAAUGGCUAUAACUGCUGGCAAUCACGAAGACAACUUCAAUUUCGAAUUCUUUAACCAAAAAUUCUAAAUGCCAUUUUUCACUGAAAAUUAGAACAAUUACUACUCCUUCAACAUAGGAAAUACUCACUUUUUGAGUUUAAAUCUUCACUAUUUUAAUGACUAAGUUAACCCACCUAACGCAGAAAACUAGAAAAAAAUGCUUAAAUGGGUAGAAUAAGACUUAAAAAGUGUAGAUCGUUCAGUUACUCCUUGGGUAAUUGUUUUUGGACAUAAAAUGAUUUACUGUAAAGGAUCUGAUUGCUAAGAUUUUGCUAAAGAUUAUGCUUAAUUUGAUACAAUUUUAAAUAAAUACAAAGUUGAUUUGUUCAUUUCAGGUCAUAAGCAUAAAUUUUUGGUAAUGAAACCUAUGAAUAAUGGUGAUGUUGCUAAAUAUAAAAUAAGCAAAGAUAACAUAAUAUCUUAAUACGAAGGAUUUUUAACAGUUGUCGAAGGUAAUGGUGGAACAAGCAAAAUGGACGAUGAUACUCUACCUGAUAUAUUAAAUACCUAAGAAUUGAAAAAUUCUGCAAAUAGCAGUGGAGAUUUUGAUAAGAAAAAGUAAAAAGAAGCUUUGCUUGAAGAAAUUACUAAUAUUGGAUUUGGUAUUCUAGAAAUUUAAGAUGAUAACAAUAUUUUGAUUCAUUCAAUAGAUAGCAAAACUUUAGAAUCUGUUUAUGAUAUUGGAUUGAAAAAAUGA